AUGACACCUCCCAUUGACUGCGGUUGCUUCGAAGCUAUUGUUCACUACCUCACCCCCAAGAACUGGCCCUUGUUUCGAAAGGGUGGUGAGAACAAAUCAGACCAGCAGCCUCGACGCAACGGCCUAUUCCGCUGGCGACGUCGAAGCACGAGAAGAGGAGCUGCCCCUAGAAGACCGUUCUUGGCGACAAUCUAUGAGGAGGAUGAAAGCACAAGCAAUCAUUCACGAGACGGUACGGCCGGACAUCAACAAGAUCCCUCCUCUCCUACCGUUACCCAUCAGCCUUCGCAAGCAUCCCAGCCUCAACGAGAGACUCCAGUGACCGCCGAUCCAACUUCGACUACAUCGCCAACUGAAGUUGGAGUUCAGGGCAGUCCGUCGAACCCAGUUAGAUCUAAGAGACAGCGAACAAUCCGGUUUGCAGAGGCAAAUCCUCCAUCCAGAAUGAAACAGCACGAUUCCGCGAAUGAGCCUGCGCAGACCGCGAUGUCAACCUGGAGUGACACCAACCCCGGCACUGCAGCCACAACCGCACAAGAUAACGGUACCUCCACUUUGACCCCUGAUAAAGCAAACGAUACAGAUGGUGAGCCGGCCGGACAGAUCACUAAUGUCAUGCCAGCUCCGCGUUCCCAAAGUCGCCAGAGCCAGCGUAGUGCAGAUGAGACUCAAGACUACAUCAAGGGCAAGAGACAUCUCGAAGGCCAACUCAACCGUCACCUCGGCCAGCUGGAUCGCAUCCGUCGGAUAGUCAAGCAACUCAACAGCGACUUGCAGGAAUUGGAAGGACAAGUGAGCGAAGACAAGCGCCUCGACUGCGAUGAUCCCUUGUUGUUUCGGGUGUUGCAGGACGAACUGGAAAGUCUCCACGAUUUUCGCAAUAAGUAUGCCCACGUCGUUGCGUUCCACAAUCAGCAAAUUCAAAGCAUUGCCGACCAGAGAGCGGAGCUGGACAAAAACCAGGGCUUGGAGUGCACGGUCUACCACAUGUAUCUUGGCCACAUCAAGCACGUUGAGUGGUACAAGUUGUUCUCCUAA